CUUUUAACUGUACUUCCGGUAAUUAGUAAAAUGAUCCGCACCUAUGUUCACAGCUUUCAGCGCUCGUGCGUGUGUCGUUGCGCAUUUUAUGAGCGUUCAGGUGGCUCAUGGCUGAGCAGCAACACACUCCGGGUGCACACAGAGGGCUUGGCUGAGCCCGGCGGAUAAAUGGGAGUGGCGGUGGCACCGUUAACAGUGCUGGCAGCCAGUGAGCGGAAGAUUUGUAAUCUCUGUCACAGAGCUGCCGUGCCAUUGGCUUCUACCGGGAAGCUGCCGCCAGAGAGUCAGUGAGGCGACAAACUGGGGAUGGUCCCGGGCUGAGUCUCCACAAUGAGCCGGGCUCAGAGCCGCCUGCUCCGCACUUGACGCGAACCGUCUCAACUUAAACGAGGCUUCGGCUUGGUGACAUUUUAUUAUUUUUUUUUAGCACAUUUUCAGUCGCCGAGACGCCUCCUGAAGGACGACUGACACCGGCUCACCUCAUGAUUUCAUCCCGCUAAAAGCUCUUGGCAAAGGCACAACAGUUUCUUCAUGGCGUCUCCACAACAGUCAAGAAUUCAGUCGUAUCUGGAGAAGAAUAAAAUCGGACCCUUGUUUGAGGAGUUGAUGACCAAAUUGAUAACUGAGACUCCCGACCAUCCAAUCCCUUUUCUCAUUGAUCACCUGCAGACCAAGCAAGACAGCCCCGGCAAGCUGCACAGAGCUCUCUCUGGCUCCGCAGCACUGUGGGCGCAGAGCUCCCCAGAGAGCAAAAACCCUCGAAGGGAGAACAGCAACUAUGAGAAGCCAUGGCAAAUUCACCCAAAGAAACCGAAAAAGUCCAAGAGCGACCUGGCUGUUUCGAGCAUCUCUCCUCCUUCACCAGAAUCCAAGUCUUUGCCACGGUCCAUUGAGUACCCAUCCUGGGACUGGAGGGAGAGCCGGGACUUUGACGAGCUUAACCACAUCCUGCAGGAGAGCAAGAAGCUGGGCAAGGCCCUGGAGAGUCUGUCACGCAGCAUUGCCAUCUCCGAUGAGCUCGACCAGAACUUAGGAGGCUAUAACUCAGUGCUGCGCCCGCGGGUGGUGGGGGAGUGGAUUGGUCGGGAAGACGAGGACGCAGACCCACUGGCUUCUGAGAUGCUGCAACCCCCCAUCCCUCGGGCUAAAACCGAAGUGUGCUGGAGUGGAGACAGCAGCCCUGCUGGGAGCUUGAAGAUGGAAACAAAGAGCAAAGGGCUAAAGGAGCAGCAGCAGCAUCACAAGAAGCUCCUGGCGGCCAUGUUGUCCCAGGACUCCUUUGAUUCAGUCCAUAGCCCCGCCCCCUCUGUCGCAGAAGAAGAGAUGGAGGACGAGGACGACGCCAUGGAGCUUCUGGAGGACCUGGAUGACCUGCGGAUGGAGGGCGUGACGGGCUUGGCUCCAUCUGGCAGCAAGUUCAGCCAGGGACGCAGCUCCUAUCAGCCUGAACCGCAGGCCAAAGUUACACUCAACAUCUGCUCUAGGUGUGCCAGGUUGCAGGGGGACAGUCUAUCAGACGGCAGAUCUGAAGAGGAGCACAGGCCUCACAUAUCUGAGCAAGCUGUACCUGACAUCUCCUCAGCUCCAUUGCCCGGGGUGGACACAGUGGCGGGACGGUUGCAGGAAUGCGAAGUCUUGUCUCAAGUGUCAGGCUCUCGUCAGGCUGUCUGGGAGGCUGAUCUGAAGGCUGUGAGAGGUGGGAGCUCUGUCGGGCAAACGGGCCUGCUACUGGGUGACUCCCUCUUUUCUAAAGAGCUGGAGAACAUGGGCAAACAGCUCGCUGAGGUUGAGAAGGACCUGGCCAAGCUGGCAGAAGUAGGGAAGAUGACCACCCGGAGCUCCAACAAUCCGCACAGUAGUCUGCUUCACACCCCUCUGCGCCACAGAACACUCCCCGACACGCUCCCUCUCACCAGCCUGCUCUCCAGACCCCAGUCUCCAGUUGGCAGCCUCUCAGGCAAGCCCUGCAGCGUAGGCCUCCCUCUGCUCAGCCCCAAGCCCACCUCGCUAGUCAUGGGUCGGACUCAAUCUCCCAGCAACCCCGGGAGCAGGACUCAAACUCCCAGAACGCCCAGCAGGCCCCUGACCCCGAAUAGUUUACUGACACGCUCCACCUUUAACCCUGGAUCUCAUAAAGAGGUGACCUUCAGAAGGUCACGGAGCCGCCCUGUGACGCCCACAUGUCAGCCCACACAUCCCCGACCGCUGCUCACCCCUCCUGGACUAAGCACUACAGACAGCCUUGGUGCCAGCCUACGGGCCUAUCUGUCUGAGGAUGAGUUUUACCAGCAGUUACAGGCCAUCCGACAGCCUUGGCAUAUUCCCAGUGACACAGACAGUGACAUCCUGGAGCCUCCUGAGCAGGAUAAGAGCGGAGCACGAGAUGCCAAUAAGAGAUCUGUGUUUUCAGGCCUAUAGUGACGAAGACCAGAGACAUUGAUCCAAUCAAACUAUUAUGCAAACCACUGGACAUUUUCAAUAUGUCUACAGAGACGAUUAUUUUUAUAAUUCAUAUGAAUGGGGAAAAAGAAGAUUGUAUACUUUUUUCACAGAUAUUUCAUAGACAUUGUACUGUAACUGUAUGAUAAAAUGUCAAAAAAUAUUACUUCAGAAUAUGGAAUAUAACAUUUAUUUUUGUUUGCUCUAUAGCAUGCUAUUGAACUUCCACGUGGAGUCCAGCAACAGAUGCAUUUUGUUGUUGACAGACUCUUUUUCUAGGCCUAGUGCAUCAUCACAUUGUGAGGGCAGCACACCCAUGUUAAGAAGGAGUUUAUUGAUAUGCACUGUUAAAAGAUGUAGUGUUAUGGAGGGAGUACAAGGAAUGCUGUUAUAUUAAUUAAAAUGAUUUGGUGCACAUGUC